AUGGCCGACGCCGAAGGGAGCACUGCGAUGGCGGACGAGGCCAGGCCCGACGAAAGGACGGUGCAGGUGCUUCGAGACUUGGCCAACCGCCUGCGCAUCCAUGCCAUCAGGGCCACGUGCGCCUCAAGCUCUGGCCACCCCAUGUCAUACAGCAGUGCUGCCGAGAUCAUGUCUGUGCUGUUUUUCCACACGAUGAGAUAUAAACAAUCAGACCCAGAGAACCCGGACAAUGACCGAUUCAUCCUCUCAAAGAGACUGUCAUUUGUUGAUGUGGCAACAGGAUGGCUCGGGCAGGGACUGGGGGCCGCAUGCGGGAUGGCAUAUACUGGCAAGUACUUCGACAAGGCCAGCUACCGGGUAUUCUGCCUCAUGGGAGAUGGCGAGUCCUCAGAAGGCUCCGUCUGGGAAGCAUUGGCCUUCGCUUCCUACUAUGGUCUGGACAAUCUCGUGGCAAUCUUUGAUGUGAACCGCCUGGGACACAGUGGCGCCCUGCCCACUGAGCACUGCGUAGAUAUCUAUCAGAAGCGCUGUGAAGCCUUCGGGUGGAAUACUUACGUGGUGGAUGGCCGUGAUGUGGAGGCACUGUGCCAGGUGUUCUGGCAGGCAACUCAAGUGAAGAGCAAGCCGACUGCUGUGGUUGCCAAGACUUUCAAGGGCCGGGGCUUGCCAAACGUUGAGGAUGCAGAAAAUUGGUAUGGAAAGCCAAUGUCAAAAGAAAGAGCAGAUGCAAUUAUCAAAUUAAUUGAGAGCCAGAUACAGACCAACAGGAAUCCUACACCAAAACCCCCUAUUGAGGAUUCACCUCAAAUCAGCAUCAUGGUUAUAGAAACGACCUCUCCACCUGCUUACAAAGUUGGUGACAAGAUGGCUACUCUGAAAGCAUGUGGGUUUGCUCUGGCUAAGCUGGGCCAUGCAAAUAACAGAGUCAUUGUGGUGGAUGGUGACACCAAGAACACUACCUUCUCUGAGAUAUUCAAGAAAGAAUACCCUGAGCGGUUCAUCGAGUGUUUUAUUGCUGAGCAGAACAUGGUGAGCGUGGCACUGGGUUGUGCCACCCGUGGUCGGACCAUUGCUUUUGCUAGCACCUUUGGUGCUUUUUUGACCCGAGCAUUUGAUCAGAUCCGGAUGGGAGUCAUCUCUCAAACCAACAUCAACCUCAUUGGCUCCCACUGUGGAGUAUCUGUUGGUGAAGACAGCCCCUCCCAGAUGGCACUGGAGGAUAUGGCCAUGUUCCGAGCCAUUCCCAACGGCAUUGUUUUCUAUCCAAGUGACGCUGUCUCGAUGGAGCACGCUCUUUUUCUGGCGGCCAAUUCCAAGGGAAUGUGCUUCAUUCGGACUACCCGACCAGAGACGGCAGUUAUUUACACCCCACAAGAAACCUUUGAGAUUGGAAAGGCCAAGGUCGUCCGCCACAGUGACAAUGACAAAGUCACAGUUAUUGGAGCUGGAGUUACUCUGCACGAAGCCUUAGCAGCUGCUGAUGAUCUUUCUAAACAAGAUAUUUCUAUCCGUGUCAUGGACCUAUUUACCAUCAAACCCCUGGAUGCUGCCACCAUCAUUUCCAAUGCAAAAGCCACAGGCGGCCGAGUCAUCACAGUGGAGGAUCAUUACCCAGAAGGCGGAAUUGGGGAAGCUGUCUGUGCGGCUGUCUCCAUGGAGCCUGACAUCCUGGUUCAUCAGCUGGCCGUGUCGGGAGUGCCUCGGAAUGGGAAGCCGGAUGAGCUGCUGGAUAUGUUUGGGAUCAGUGCCAGACACAUUAUUGCGGCCGUAAAACGCAUUUUAAUGAACUAA